AUGUUUUUAUAUGUUUGUGUUUUAAUUUUAUUGCUCUAUUUCGUUUUGAUACCCUUGGAGCCGAAUUUUUUUUUUUUUUUUUUCAGUUUUUUCUUUAUUUAUAUUAAUAAUGUUAGUAUCGCAAGGAUCUGUUCUUCUAAUUAUAAUAAGAAUACAUACAUGUAUUAUAGAGGUGAUUACAAAUCGAACAAGAUAAGCGACCUUAAUGUUGAAGAUAAAAAAAGAGAAUCUGUAUAUAAGUAUAAGAUACUUAAUAAUUUGUCUUUGAAGAAUAAUAAAUGGGAUGAUAUAAAUUCAUACAAAAUAAAUAAAGUAAAGAAUAAAGAUAUAUAUUUAUAUAUAUAUAAAAAUCAGAAGAAAAAUAUAUUUAUAAAUACAAAAUUGAAUAUAUUACAACAGAAUAUAAUAUUCUAUACAUUACAAAAUAAUAAUAAUUAUAAGCACAACAAAUUGGUGUAUUCUAAUUUUAUAUUACCAUAUCCCAGGGGCCUAUAUAACAGAGGAGGGUAUUCUAUAAAGGACAUAUCUUUUAAAUAUAUUCAUCCUUACAUUUUUCAAAAGAGAAAAGGGUGGUACUACUACUAUCCUUUUAUGAAAAAGAUUAAAAAAUUUAUUUAUCACGAUAGGAAUUGUAAUAAGAAUAUACUAAGAAUGAAUGGGCAAAAAAAUAAUUAUAAUAAUUAUCCUAAUAAGGACGAUAAACAGGAUAAUAAUCAUGUGGGGAAUUUAAAAUAUAACUAUUAUUUGGGUUGUGACUUUCCUGAUGAAAUUAUAAAUAAUUAUAAGGCUGCCGGGUUUUUUCUUAUAAAAGCAGACAUUAAUAAUAAUAAUAAUAAUAAUAAUAAUAAUUAUCGGAGUGACCGUGGUCACGAAGAUAACAAUAUCAUUAAUCAUAACCAGAAUAACCAUAGUAAUAAUAAAUACGAUUAUUAUUAUGAUAAUGUGAACUUGAAGACGAACCCAAAAGGUAUCAAUAUAAAAUUUCUACUAGGGUCGGAUCCCCUUACAACCAAAGAUAUGAUGAAAAUAAUAAAUGAAGAAGAAAAAGAAAAAAAAAGAAAAGAAGGAGAAUUAAAUAUUUUAGGAGGGAAAAAAAAUGCCGAAGAAAAAUAUCCUAUUCAAACAGCUUAUAGAGAAUUAAGUGAAGAAAGUUUAUAUAUGUAUAAUAUUUUCCUUUCUUAUUUUAGUUACUUGCAUUAUGUUAUGAAAAACAUGUUACCCUCAUCAAAUAAUAAUAACAAUAAUAAUAAUAAUAAUAAUAAUAAAAAGAGUAAUUAUCAAGAAAAUAUCAUUUCUUCAUAUGAACAUUUUUUAAGUAACAACUUUUUAAAAGAUAUAUCAAAUUAUACUUUACAAGAAAAAGAAAAAAUAAUAAAUUUGCACAUCAACAAUCUUAUGAUAUUUUUUAAAGAAAAAGGAUUUAAUUUACAGGAAUAUUAUAAUGAGAUCUAUAGAUGUUCUUUACCCCCCCCUUCCUUAAAUAAGGCUAUGCUGGACAAGAAGAUGAACCAUCACAAGAAAGAAAAAAAAAUGAAUGAUACACUAAUACGUGAUACCCAAAUAAAUGAUACCCAAAUAAAUGAUACCCAAAUAAAUGAUGCACUAAUACGUGAUACCCAAAUAAAUGAUACCCAAAUAAAUGAUACCCAAAGGUAUAAUAUUAAUACACAGAGUGACUUGUGCGAUAAUUCCAUAAACAAUUUAAAUAUUAACAAUGGUCAUUCCAACAUGUUUGAAGGUCAAGUGAUGGAUAAAAAUAAACUGAACCCUUAUGAAUAUAUACACAAAGAAAUAAACAUUUACCAACGUGUAGAAGAUUAUAGCAAAGAGAAUUUUAAAUUAUACUAUAAAGAAGGAAAGUAUUGUGUAUAUUUUUUUAAUGUUCUUCAAUAUGAUUAUAGAAAUAUGUUACAAUAUAUGAAUAAUUUUUUUUGGGAAAAUUGUACGAUUUUUUAUAAUAUAUUAUUAAAAGAGAAUUAUAAAUUUUUAAUUUCUUCACGUUUAGAAAAAAAUAGUGAGUAUGAAGCAUAUACAUUUAAUAAUAUUCAAUUUGAAAAAAAUGUUCAUCCUACUUUAUAUGAAAAUUUUAUAAAUGUAGAGAAUUAUAAUGAAUCUGUAUAUAAUGAUAAGAAUAAAACAAGUUAUUCUUUUUAUUAUAAUUUAAAUAAAAAUCAAAAUACAAAAUUUGAUUCAGGAUUUAUGAAUAAUCUUAUGUGGGUUGAUUUUUCGAUAAUUCUUUUACAAUUAGUUAUAGAUAAUGAACGUUCAAAAAAUGUUGCAUUUAAUUUAUAUAAUAUAUAUGAACAAAUUAUUAAAAAUUAUUAUAAUCAUAAACAAAAUAACAAAAAAGAAUAUAUAAUUUUUUUUGAUAAUGGAAAUUCAUUAAAUAUUUCAUAUAACAUAAUAAAUAAAAUAUAUGAAUUAUAUAAUCCUUUUCAUUAUAAUUUAAUAUCUUUAUUUAAAAAUAAAAAAUAUUCGCAUUUCUUAAUUCUUCUUUUUUCACCAUUUAAUACAAAAUUAAAUAAAAAUAAUUUACACCAAUAUUUAUCAACUAAUAUCAAUAUACCCUUCAGAAAAUUUUUUAAAAGAUUAAUUCUUUCUUCUUCUGUAUGGAUAUUCUUUUUCUUUAAUUUCAUUACAAGUGUACCUACAAAAUGA